UUGAAUGUCAGAUUGCCAGGCUAUAGGCCAUACCUUUUUGUUUUACAAGAAUCACAUGAGAAAGCAAACAUUUGGUUGAAUAUCAGAUUGUCAGGCUAUAGGCCAUGUCUUUUUUGUUUAGCAAGAAUCAGAUGAGAAAGCAAACAUUUGGUUGAAUAUCAGAUUGUCAGGCUAUAGGCCAUGUCUUUUUUGUUUUACAAGAAUCAGAUGGCUAUAGGCCUUGUCUUAUUUGUUUGUUUCAGAUGGUUAAAAUUAUUGACUCUAAAACUAACAUUGUUUUGAGAGGGGGUGCACUUUAGAGAACUUGUAACUGUUAUUUUCUGAACGCCCUUGAGCAAGCAAAAGUGCAUGUUUAGUUAUUACAUUUUCAUCUCACAUUUACAAAUUUCAUUAUAAUUUGUCUCUACAUAACACUUUGCUAUUAACCGUGUUAAAACAGAUCACGUGGUACAAUAUACAACAUGAUUUGGCCAGAUUCUGUCAUGAAUUUUGUCAAAAAAUGGUUGAGUGUUUUUUGAUCAAGAAAGUGAACUUAGCAGCUGCGGGCAGGCGAUGACCGUUGUCUUCGAUUACUGAAUCGUGUAGCAAGGAACCUAUGUUUUUACUCGAUUACUUUGUCGAUCUUUCAUACUGAUAGGCAAGGGCGGAUUUGAGAAACAAUAAUUAGGGGGCGCCCUAAAUCCGCGUGGUCCUUAGACACGAAUUUAACCAUGUAACACAGAUCUUCGGAAUCAGCUCCCCAAGAUUGACUAAACUGAAUCUGUCAUAAAUUUCGCGUUCAGGAGACGAUACCCCCUUUCUCCGCCUGGACUAUUUACAAGGGUGCAACGGCUUUGAGAACUGGGGCAACAGCAAUAGCCUCCUCUAAUAAUCAAGAUUUUUCUGAAAAUUUUGGGAAUUUUGCUUCCUUUUUAAGAACUUCUAGGAAAUUUUAUCUGAAGCUUUGGUCUCUUCUUUUGCUGCGUUGUUGAAUAUUGCCGAUUCACAAGUUUAAACUCUUCCAUGAAAAUUUAGUUCCUUUCCAAUUUGGUCAAAUUUUAUUUAGGCAAAUCAUAGUCGCUACGAAGGAAGAUUAUGGGUAAGUGUACUUAUCUAUUCAAAUCAAACAAUUACAGAAUACAAAUCAUUAAAUUUCAUGGGGCUUUUUCACCAUAUCACUACCUCGCUGCCUAAAAUUCAUUCUAGUCGUGCACAACUCUUGAAGUUGCAAUGGUCACUGUGAAACGUAGUGUCAUUAACAACGAAAUUUUCCAAAAUAUUGUAAGAAAUUGGAUAUAUAUCAGGAUUAAUGUAGAAUAUAUCUACAAAAUAUUCAGCCAGUGGCGUAUAAAAGGCACACGGGGCCCUUACCUAUGGACCGUAAGAAGGUACCAUCCAAUUGUGUAUUGCAUAUUGAACGGAAUAGCAAAUUGCGACAAGGAUCAUUUUUGUUCUUUAACUAGGUGUUCGUCAACUAGCUAUUUGCUUCAGUUGCAUCAUUCUUAUGAUCAUGGAUUUUAAAAUAUCUAGAUGGCUUCAUUUGAUUUGGUACCCAUAGUAAUCAAACUUGGGUGGCUCAGUUCGUGUUACACAACGGUUUUGACGCUAUUCCACGAAGUUUAAGAAUGGUGUAUAUGAAUGGUAUGAGCAAUUGCUAAAGGCUACAUUUUGUAUAAAAAUGAUUAUGCAGAAACAAGUAUAAAGAAACAUAAUCAAUACAAUGGUUCAUGAUGUGAAGUUUUAAAGAUGACAUUGUAGUGAAUCUAAGUGUACUACGAAUAACAUAAUCAGUUUUAGAUAGAAGCCGCACCUGUUCCAAAAAUAGAUAAAAGGCGAACAUUUUCCGAAUGACUAGUGUUUGUUUUGCAUGCAUUAAAUUCAAUCACGUCACAGUCGCUAAUGCAGCAAGUGUAAUUGUGACGUAAUAUUUGCUACGUCAGAUUGAUCCAGUAAGACAUAAAUAGCGUCGCGUUUGAUAGUUCAUUGCCUACAAGCUGAGAUUCGAAUGAACAGAGCUACGUUCAGGCAGUGAUCGAAAUAGACUAGUGUUUGUUGAUAUAUCAAAAUUGAGAUAUCACUGAAGAUGGAAGAUUUACUCAAGGUUUCUUUAGACCAACCUAACAAUCAACGUAUCCAGACAGAGCCUUUCAGAGUUGCUGAGGAUGUUUUCAAAACUCAAGAUGCCUCGUGCCAAGAGACAAAAAGAGUUGUUGCAGAUGGUCGGGAUGGAGAAGGCUCGAUUUUUCAUGAUUUGCUGCAGACCUUCAGUCAAGAGGGUGAUGAUCUUGACGAAAACGUAGCUGCAGGAAACCACGAUGGCAGUUUUUCAAGUAAUGACGCCUUGAAGUCAUACAGUGCUUCUGCUGUCUCAGAUGGAUCGACUUAUGCAGAUGCCGAUGAGUUUUACGAUUUUGGCGAAACUUCUGAUGAUGAACAAAGCUCUCCUAACAAUGCUGAGCAACCGAUUUCCGCUGAAGAUUCAGCGGAUACCGCAGAUUACUUUCCAGCUGAUGCAUGGAAUCCGGAACUAAAAGAUGUUGAAUACAACGAAGAAGAUGAAUGCUUGCAAGACGCUCAGAGUGACUAUGAAGAGGAACAAGCAUUCUCUAAUGACAUAGAGCAACCACUUUUAAGUGAUGGUGAAGUGUCGUACAAUACACAAAAAUCAGAGGGAGAAUAUUGCGAUGACUACCAUCUCUGGCAGUCCUAUGAAAGUGACUUGCCACCAACCAGUGGAACAUCUCCACAUUACGCUCCAGAGCAAUAUGAAAGUGUCAAUUAUAACAUAUCUUGUGAUCAAGAAGUAUCGAAAGCAUUUUAUGCCAAUCAAGAGACAUGCAUUUCUCAGCAAAGAAAUGCUGUCACUGGCAUGAUGACUGAAGUGAAUGGAUACAAUGCCCAGGAAGUUCAAGAAUUCACGAGACCUUUCAAUGAAUUUGACCACCUAGAUCAAUCAUUUGCAAGUUUGAAAUCAGAGCUUGCAGAACUUUUUAGGAGAAGAGAUGAAUUACUUGCAAGAAUAAUAGAAAUGAAAAAGGUGCAGAAUGAAAAACUGAGCUUCUAUUCAAAUAUGGUUGAGAACGACUACAGCAACAUGAUGGAUGAGCUGAGACGCCAAGUUCUCAUAUCUAACGAUAGGGUUAGAGGGGCCCAAUUUGACAUGGAAAUGGCUGAUUUUGACCUCAACCAAGCACACACUCAGUUGAACAAAGAAGCAAUGAACCUGGAGCUUUUCAAAAUUGGGUUGACCCAGGCCAAUGAGACCUAUGCUGGCAAGUUGCUCUUCUUUCAUCAAACGAAUAGGCAAAGCUCAGAAAAUUUUGAAUGCUUACAAGCCCAACUUGUUGAGCAGAGAAAAAGUUUCAAGGAAGAGCUGAACGCCAAGCAAGUUCGUCUUGCCCGUCUUAAGAUGGCCUUGCAUUCAGCAAAAGACAAAAAGAGCUUGAUCAUGGGGCACUUGGCAAAAAGCCGUGAGAAAAUUCUGAAGAAUAAGCUGAAGAACGACAAAGAAUUUGUCGAUGUCUACGAAGAGCUUGCAAAGAAAAAACAUGUUAAUGCAGAAAUGUCCCGUGCUUUGGAGAUGCAAGAUCGCAUGAUAGCAGGCUUGAGAGAAGAAGGUGCCUGUUUAGAAGAGGAAGUGAAGAUUAAGGAAGAGAAACUGAAAACAUCUAAAAGUAAAUGGAAGAGAAGAUUCCUCUCUUUCUUUUGCAUUCGUGUAGAAGAAGACUGACUUAGUUGUGCAUUUUGAAGUUUGUUGUAUGUAACUGUUAUUUUACAAUACUUGAUUGACCUGGUUUGAAAA